UGGACAAAUGGCGUUUCGUGCGUGUGAGUGAAAUGUUUUCUGCGCGGUUUUCUGUCGUUUCCAUCGAAAAUCUACUUGCUUGACAAACCGAGCGGUCCGAUUUUCGGUCACAAAUUUAACAUCGCGAGUAAGGCGAGGAAAUUGAGUUUGCUCAGUAAGACAAAAAGGCUGCCUGAUGUUCUUAGAACUGAAUUCGUUUUUAGACUUCGACGAUGCACCGUCUGCAAGCAGGCUGAUAUUCGUGUCAAGCAGUGACGUGCCAGAUCAUGGCUUCGUGCUGAACCAUUUGCUCAUGCUUUAUCUAAAAACGGGUAGAAGAGUAUUCCAGAUAAACUUCGUCAACCAGGAAACCUUCUAUUCCAACACAUGUCAGAGACUGGGUAUCCGACUGACGCAGUAUAAAGAAAAGAAGGCCUAUUUUAACUUUGACUGCAUGCGCCUUUUGAAGCAAUACAUAAGUGACUGUGGUGAAAAUACUACACAUCCUUUUGACUUCGUGUGUCAAAAGGAAAGUGAAAGGAACUUGGAAGGCUUAUCGUCCGAAAUUGUAAAGACCAUCCUGGACUUCCAGGGGCAAAAUCCGUCUGAUGUGCUUUUAGUGAUUGAUGAUCUGACAAUCCUACAAACGCUGGGUGUGCCUAACAGCGACAUGAUUAGGUUCCUGCAUCUGCUGAGGACUCGAUCCAAUGCACGCAUAGUUGUGGGUGCGAAAUGGUUGGAAGACGACCACAGUAGUAGUCAGCUGUGCUGCUAUCUCGCACACUUGGCUAAUAUGUGUAUUCGUGUUCAGGGUCUCCCUACGGGCUACAGCUCAGAUAUUCAUGGACAGAUUUCAGUGAUGCACAGGAACGAAAAAAUGGUGGAAAAAUCCAAGAAGAUGCACUUUCGCCUCGAGGAGAAAGGCGUCAAACUCUUUCCAGUUGGCCUUCACAAAGUUCCGAUGAAGAUAUAGUAGAGGAAAGAUGCAAAUUUGUUAUCAGAUGGUACCCACCAUGCACGGAACACUGUUCUCUGAUGUUUGUCGAGGAUGAGACAGAUGUGCUUUGUGCCACUGGAAAAUUAUGCCUCAACUCGGCAUGGAACGCAAACAGUGAUAGAAGUUAGAGCCUGUUUUUUUUUUAAUAUAGAUAGGGUCGGAGUUUCCUACUCUUUCCAGAAAUUUUCCAUAAAGCGUUAACACUGUUAAACA